AUGUUGGAAUAAAGAACUGUUACAGAAACCAGUCAAGAUGAGGAAGAGUAAAAUAAAAAGAAAUUUAUCUAUUAAACUGAAAAACUUAAACUACUUUUAUAAGUACCAAUCGAAUAAAGAACUCAACCAAUCUGUAAAGAUAUUGCUGAGAUUGCCCAAUAAAUUAAAUUCCUCUCCCAAUACAAACAAAAACCUGACUUCUUGGAAUUAUGUAAAAAUCUCUAUCUCAAAACCUAUGAAAAACGAUAAUAUAUCUUUAAAUAAGGCGAUUAAGGUGAUGCAUUCUAUGUAAUCUUGAAUGGAAGUGUCAAAGUGUACAUAGAUGAACCGACCGAAUUUAAGAAUUUCAUGCAACUUGUAAGAGUAGUUUGUUUUAUAUAGAAAGAAAUAGCUUAAUUGGGUAAAGGUGAUGCGUUUGGAGAAAUCUCUUUGCUCUAUAAUUCAAAGAGAACAGCUACAGUAAUUGCAAAUGAGAGAAGUGACUUAAUCGUUUUAGAAAAAGAUGCAUUUCAAGAAUAUAUGAAAACCAUGGAUAAUACCAAUGAAAUGAAAACAGUUGCACUCAAUAAACUACUUUAAUUUUUAGAAUCUCUUCCUGUAUUCCAAAUGUUCAACAAAGAUCUACUAGUUUAACUAUGUACAAAAUGUUAAUUGCUAAUGUACCCAUCCCAGUAAAUUCUCUUAAAAUAAGGAGUUGAACCAACCUAAAUGUAUAUAAUCAAAAGUGGAAGGGUAAAAGCAAUCAAAAAAAUUAAAUGGAACCUGGAAGAUUAUCCAUCUUCAUUGAUUAGAGGAUAAACAACAAGCAGCACUGAUUUAUUUAACUAAGAUGUCUACUUUGAAAUUGAUGAAUUAGGAGAUGGUGAGAUCUUCGGCGAUUUUGCUUUAUUAAAUGAAGAAGAGUCACAAUGCUCUUAUAUCACUUCUAUUCCUUCUGAGAUUGUUUCAAUUAGUUCAUUCAAUUUAAAGAUGAUUGUGCCUUCGGAUAGAUUGGAAGCGUAUCAAAAAUAAAUUAAAUAAUAUCCUGAAGAUGAUGAUCUCAAAUUAUUGUAUGAAGAGAAGAGGAAUUGGAAUUAAUAUAAGAGAAAACUAAUUAAGAAUAUUUAUGUUGAUAAGCAAAAUAAAAAGGGAUUUGACAAUCGAUUGAGACUUCCAGAAUUAAAGGGUAAGUAAGCAUUGCCUCCCAUCAACAUUAUUGACAUAAAAACAAGUGACAAUAGAACAUACUUCAAAUAUUUGGAAUCCAAGAUAUCUCCAAUGGCUGAAUGCAAAAAAAAAGUGUAAUCCUUAACUCAGGUUGGAUUGAGCAUGCAAGGGUUGGUGAAAUAAUUAGAAUAAAGCACAAGUCAAUUAAGCAUAGCGAAUUCUUUUUAGAGAAAAUUAAAGAAACUCAACAUUAACAGAUCUUAAUGA